AGUUUUAAGAAACCAAUCAUGAAAUGGAGAAAAUAAUGUUUACCUCAAAUCGUAUAUUAGGGCAACGGUGUGAUAAGCAACGAGAGAGACAGGGGGGAAUGGUCCAAACUCCAAACCCAUUUCCAUUUUUAUGAGGUCGAAGCUUUUUCCAAUUUUCUAUAACAAUCUCUUGCUUUCUUGGUUACUCCGGCACCACCUCCGCCACUCCUUUUCCAUCUUCCUGUGACAUAUUCUUCACCGGAAUUGCAGUAAAAAAUGACGGAUAGAGUCCACCCGACAUCCAAGCCUAAUGGCACCGGCACCACCGUCAGGAACCCAAAACUACCACCUCCACCGGCGAAAACCCAAAUUAACAACCUGAACCGACACCCUUACCGGCCGAACCUGCCCAAUUAUCAACGGAAACGCCGUAGUGGUUUGCGGCGGUGUUUCUGUUUAUGCUGCUUCUGGUCAGUUCUCGUCAUAAUCCUCGUCCUCCUCCUAGCCGGAAUCGCCGGUUGCGUACUUUACCUCCUCUAUCAUCCACAGCCUCCGACAUUCUCUGUUACUUCACUUAAAAUCUCGCAAUUCAACCUCACCACCGCCUCCGACGACACCACACGGCUCACAUCCAAGCUCAACCUCACUAUUUCAACGAAAAAUCCAAACAAUAAAAUCGUGUUUUACUACGAUCCGAUCGCGAUCACAUGCUUAUCAGAGGAAACACAAAUCGCAACCGGAACUUUCGGAAAUUCGUUUACAAGUAGUCCGAAUAACAUCACGAUUAUCCGUUCAGCAAUCAGCAGCACGUCUCUGCUACUUGAAACGGAGACAGUGGAUCGAAUGAGAUCAGAUCUGAAGAAGAAAUCGGGUUUGCCAUUGAAGAUAUUGCUUGAUACUCAAGCAACAAUGAAAAUCGAAUCAAUCAAAAGCAAUAAGGUCGGAAUUAGGAUCAAGUGUGAGGGCAUUCAUAGCCUAAUUCCAAAGAAGGGUGGAGUAAAAUCCAAUAGUUCAUCAUCGUCGGUGGCUGUUGCUACUGUUUCUGAUGCUAAAUGUGAGGUUGAUCUUCGAAUCAAGAUCUGGAAAUGGACUUUCUGAUGCUUCCACUUUUUACACAAGUUUUUAUCCUUUUUAAUAUUUUUUACAUUAUUUAGCAUAUUUUGAAUGUAAUUGGUGUUUUUAAAAUUUAAUAUUAUGAUAUACCAUUUUAUUAUAA